AUAUAUAUAUAUUAUGUACAGUAGUUCUUUUGAAAGGUACAUGACACACAUGCAUUUACACACCAUGAAUCUACUUGUGUUCUUUUGAUGGGAAAGGGAUCAUUAUGCAUUAGCAUAUGUGAUGAGCCAUUUGCACGGAGACACGGAAGUCCUAGCAUUUGUUUGCAACUGACCUGAUGGCGGACUUCAAGCUUGCAGUUGAUGAGAACAACAAGGCCACAGAGCUGCCCUUGCUGCGAAUCUGUGGCACUGUUCAACAAAAUCCACAUAUGAGAGCCUUCUGGGGAGCGACCUUCUCUUUCUUCCUGGCCUUCUUGGGUUGGUUUGCUUUGGCGCCUUUGGGACUGGAGGUGGCCACUAGCAUGGGGCGGUGCGAGAACCAGCUUUAUCCAGUGGAUACCAACCCCAAGCGAGUGGCUUACUUGAAGUACAAGAACAUCUCUACCACGGACACAUACUGCCAAUAUGGCACGGUGAAGGACAGUGAGGGCACACUCACUGACUGUGCUGAAGUGCCAAGCGACAUUGCCAACAACGCCACUGCAUCUGCUGAGGAGAAGCUCAAGUACCGACCUCAGGUGCUGGCGAAAUGCGUUUGCACCACUGGAACCCAGUGCAAUGGCAUCAUCGCCAAUGCUGGAGUGGCAGCUGUAGCAUCGACCAUCUUUGUUCGCAUUGCACUUGGAACGCUCUUGGAGCGAUUUGGCCCCGUGAAUGUGCAGUCAGGUCUAUUGACAUUCGGAGCCAUUUGGGUCGCUUUGGCUGCAACAAUUCAGGUUCCAUGGCAAUACACCAUCAUCCGAUUCUUUAUUGGAUGCGCUGGGGCCACUUUCGUGACGAACCAGUUCUGGUGCUCCUUGAUGUUUGCGCCGAAUGUGGUCGGCACUGCCAAUGCCACCGCAGCUGGCUGGGGCAACUUGGGUGGUGGUGUCACACAGAUCUUCAUGAUCUCUGUGCUCUUCAACCCUAUGGUGAGCAGCGGUAUGGAAGCGGACACAGCCUGGCGAGUGUCUAUGAUCAUUCCGGCCAUUCUUUUCCUCAUUUGUGCGGCAGCAAUGAAGCUCUUGUGCUGGGACACGCCAACGGCUAAACGCUUUGAUGUGGCUGUUACUGGCAAGACCAAGAAGCCAUCCAUGUGGGACUAUGUGGAAGUGCUGAAAGACGUUCGUGUGGUUGUGAUGAUCUUCCAGUAUUCCGCAUGCUUUGGCACAGCGAUCUUCCUUUUCUGUUUUGGAUUGGUUGACAACUCGCAACCAUGGUAUGUGGCCCUGGCCGUACUUGUUUGCUUCUCUUUGUUUGUCCAGAUGGCAGAAGGCACGAGCUAUGGGAUUGUGCCUUUCAUGAACAAGCAACAGCUGGCAGUGGUGUCUGCACUGGUGGGGGCUGGUGGCAACUUGGGAGCUGUCAUUGCCGGCUUUUGUUUCUACCGACCUAUCAAUGACCCAUUGAUUCCGUUCCAAGUGCAUGCGGGCUAUGUCAUGUUCUGGGCAUUGUUGACCCCGCUCUACUACUGGCGUGAGCAUGGCGGCAUGUUCCAUGGCCCAGCCGUGACAGAGGAAAAGGUUGAGAAGUCUCAAGCAGAGGAGCCUGCUGGGCCUGCUGCAGACGUUGCCGUGUAACUUCCGUGUAAAACAUGAGAAAUGUGACACUGCUUAAUCACGUAACAGCAAAGGACAGCUGAGAGCAGCGCCUUGCUGCGGCCCUUGCAUGGAGUGCAGGACCGUUAGGAGAUUGACAGUGGCUUCAAUUCCUCUGGAAGACGUCGCAGUCAGUC